AUGUCUACAAUCCCAGCUCCAUCAAUCGCCCUCGCACGUGAAGAAUGGCCAGACGCCGACUUUGAUCUUCCUGAUGGCGAUCAUAUCCGCUCCCUUGACGUUGAAUCAGACAAGGAGGAUGAUGACGACGAGAAUGAUGAUUGGGAUAUCGAAAUGGACCUCGGAAAAACCGGCGGCGCAAAGGCAAAGGCUGUCGUCGCUGGUAUGGCUGCCAGGUUCCAGCUAUCUAGGAUUGUUUCAGGCAACAUGAUCACCAUUCGUCCCCCACUCACCUGCCAGGAGGAAGAAGAUGAGGAAGAUGAUGAAGGUGUGUCUACCAUAAAGGUCGCAGCCCUUCCAAAGCCUGUCGUCAAACCCCCUCCCUCUCCCAUCGAUGAGGACAUCGAAUCUGCCUUCGCCCUUCCCUCAGACCUUACCCAGUUGUCCCUCGCACCUCUUUCUCUUAGCCAUCGGUCUUCGAAGAAUUCCUUGGAAUGGGGUGACAGAGACCAGACAUCAUCAUCUCAAUCCUCUGACGCGUAUUCAUCCCUCGGUUUUGCCGAUGCUUCCUCAUCAUCCAACUCUGUAUCCUCCCUUUCUUUACACGAAACAACAGAGGAAAGCGAAUGCGAUGAACACGAGAGCGAGCUGGAGGGGCUAGUCGUUCCCUCUGGCCUCUUCGAGUCCAGCCAGAGCGCGAAGCAUCUUAAAAAGAUGCUGGAACUCAAGAAACACGUGCAGGUAACUGAUCAGCGAAUAAAGGUCGCCAGUCCCGACCCCGAGGAUGACUUCGAAAUGGGUCUCCUCAUCGAGGAUGAUGACGAUUUUAGCCCAAGCAGGCUCGUCAAUGCCAAGCAUAAUCAGCGCUACAAUCGUAGCAAAAGCGCUCCUGCUCGCGCACUCUUGCCCACACGUCCGCCCUCAAGACUGAGGGCUGACCGGGCCAAGUCGCCUGUAAAUCCUCCCAUAUCAUCUGCUCGUCAGUUACAACGCAUUAAGCUUUCGUCUUCACCGCCACCCCGCCCAUUGUGCCCCCCACGUGCUCAGACUUAUAAGGAAGCACUUUCCUCCGCCCCUCCUACUCCGACAACCACCUUUUUAUCCCCUAAACCUGGUAGUCUCCGAGGACAAAAGUCGCAUUCUGGUCUCAAACCCCCCACCCCUCCUUCAACACAACGCAAGGGGCUCACUCGCAAAGCGUCUCUGUCUUCCCUCAUGGAAUGCAGCACGUCUCAGGCAUCAGGCUCUGGUAUCGUCAUCACUGCAGGUCCAUCAUCAGGUAAACUUGCACGCUACGAGGCGCCCACAGCUGCUUCGCGCGCUAAGUCGCACACGAGCUCAACGAGCCGUAUCCACGGGCUCGACUUUAUGGUGCCACCCACGAGGCCAUCCACUCCUUCUUCGAAUCCUGCCGCACUACGCUUGACCAUGCCAACUUCAAUACGGAUGAAGUCACGACCUUCCCUAUCUUCCGUCUUUCCUGGACCUGCCACUGCCACUGCCCUCCCUGCACCUCAGCCCUCACAUCGCGCGACAUCGCCAAUACCACCUCGCCCUCCUUCAACAUUAUCAUUACGUAGUCGCGCUGCACAGACGCAGUCACCAUUCAUACCUUCGACAUCAGCUCCCAAACUUCUUCGCCGACCAAAACGGCAGCGCACAUAUGGCGACGGCACGGAGUUAGAUGGCUUUGAUGACCUCCCGACAGACCGGGACAAGGAGGGAAGGUUUAGGGUGCAACCCAAGGCGAUGAAUCGUGGUCCUGGCAGUAAUUUGUCAAAGACCUCCGACAAGGAGAAAGAUAAGGACACAGGUACGAUGCGUAAGAAGGGAAGAAAGGAUGUCACUAGUCCAGGUGAGAACACGUACGUCUCUGGCGCACUCGCUCCCGCCACCAACACGCUGAGGCGCACGAGUCGCAUUGAGUUCCCAAAGGCUUCUAGCACCGAUAUUUGCGUAAAGAAGAAGAAAGAUGCCUCCUCGCCUGUGCUUGGCCACACAAGACGAAAACCCACUCUAAUCCGCCACCUCGGCAGUGCAAGCGGACCAAAAGUCGUGGGUGAGAUGAAAUGGAAUCCGACAACCCUUCGUUGGGAAGGGAAUGACCAAGUGCUCCGUGAUUUCGACACAGUCGUCGGCACUUCCACGCGACCUGCCCUGAUCACACACCUCACUGGGUCAUCAAUUGGAUCCCCUGUUGGUUCCUUUGCCGCUGGUGCUCGCAAAGUUGGUAACAUGAUCUUCGACCCCACGCGGAUGUGUUGGGUGUCAACUCUACCUCCCGACGAAGAAGAACCAGAUGUCUUCGCCGAUCUCGCGGAUGACGAAGAUGACGAAGAUGCAUGGGAAUCGAAGGGGGGCACAAUCCGUGCCAGCCAGCAAGGAUGCACGAGUAGCGGAAUGUCAGAUACAAGUGGAUCGACAACUUCCGCUAUCAUUAUCACCGCCCCGAGCCCAGCACGCAGUCGAAUACGGACGAACUCCGAGUCUGAGAGCGAUCGCGGUUCAAGGGCAUCCAUUGUCUAUGACGUUGCUGACGAUUUUGUGGGAAAAUGUCGCGCCGCAGAGGAAAGACACAGGCAAGAAAUCAAAGGAUGGCGAAUGUCACGCCAGACGGAUCCCUUUGGUUCUCCUGAACGACGUGACUUGUAUGAAAUCCGUGCCCUGGCUACCCGGAAGUAUUGA